CACUUCUUCAUGUCUUAUUCUUGUGUUGUUAAAAUGUGAGUUGGUAGGAACUUGGAAUCAUUGAUUUUAGAUUCCUUAAUCAUCUCUUUUUCCUUGUUAUUCAAAAAUACUAAUUGGGGAUUUCCCAAGACUUGAUUUUUGCUCCCUUGAUUCUUCAUCUCUGAAUCUGGGGUUUCCUCAAUCCUUCCUCACGUGAAGAAAGUUUUGUUCUUUAUGUGUAUUUCUCUCUCAUAAUUGUAGUGUCCCAAUAAAAAUGACGGCUUGACCUAGAGAGAGAGAGAGACUGUAAAAGUUUGGUAUAGAAAAGUGGGCCUGAGCAGUGAAAAGAGGAGCUAUCAGAAUAUGGGGUAUUUGGCCAUUGGAAGUCUGUAGAGAUGAGUGAUGGCAAUUUGGGUGCUGUUUUUAUCCAUUUUAGAAUUCUGGGGUUGUCUUGUUUGUGGUCUCUUUAACACUUCACAUACACUGCCCUAAUUACUACUCUCACCAAUUAAAAAGUCUUCUGUUUCAUAAUUGCAAUUUCCUGUUUCUUCAGUAAAUGCUUUCAUUUCUAUGAUUUUUAGAUAUUUCUCAUGCUCUCUCCUAACUAAGUAUUACCUUUUCUCCAUUUCACAGUUCUUGAUGAAAAAUAGAUUAGUUUAGUUUAGAUCCCUGCUCCAAGAUUCAGUUAGUUGCUUGAUUCCCUUGUUGAAUUUUAAGUGGGGUGGGUUAUUUUCUUGAAACAAGAUUUGAAAAAAGGAUUCUUUUUCAAGAACAAGAAUUGAAUUCUAAGUUCUAACUAUAUUUCACAGUUGUUGAUGAAAAUAGAUUUAGUUUAGUUUAGAUCCCAGCUCAAAGAUUUAGCUUGUUUCUUGAUUGCCUUGUUGGAUUUUGAAACAAGAUUUAAAAAUGGAUUCUUGGAAGAAUUGAAUUCUGAAGUUCUAACUAUUGCCUUUUUCUCUCAUUAAUAGGGGUUAUCAUUUUACAGUUCUUGAUUAAAAUAGAUUAGUUUAGUUUAGAUCCCAGUUCAAAGAUUUAGCUUGUUUCUUGAUUCCCUUGUUGGAUUUUGAGUUGGGUGGAUUCUUUCUUAAAACAAGAUUUAUGAGAGGAUUCUUUUUCAAGAACAAAAAUUGAAUUCUGAGUUCUAACUAUCCUAGAUAGAUGCCUUCUGUUGAAUCGAGUAGCUCCGUGUGGAGUAGGGAGCAGGAUAAGCAGUUCGAGAAGGCGAUAGCUGCUUACCCUGAGAAUUCUUCGGAUAGAUGGGAGAAAAUUGCGGCUGAUGUUUCUGGGAAAUCAGUGGAGGAGAUUAAGCAUCACUAUGAAGUCUUGGUUGAUGAUGUUAGCCGCAUAGAAUCCGGUUUCGUUGAGGUCCCUAGCUACAAUCCCUCUUCGGAUGGCUCAUCCAACCUUGCUGGUGAUGAUGGGGCUUCUAAAAAAGGGGGCGGUUUCGGCCAUUUGAGUAGUGAUGCCAAGUCGUCCCGCCCAGAUCAGGAGCGCCGGAAGGGGAUUGCUUGGACAGAGGACGAACAUAGAUUGUUUCUCCUUGGUUUGGACAAAUACGGAAAAGGCGACUGGAGGAGCAUUUCUCGUAACUUCGUGGUGACGAGGACGCCAACGCAGGUGGCCAGCCACGCGCAGAAGUACUUCAUCCGUCUCAAUUCCAUGAACAAGGACCGGAGGCGUUCCAGCAUCCACGACAUCACCAGCGUUGCCAACGGGGACGUCUCCAGCCCCCAAGGCCCGAUCACCGGCCAGACCAACGGGAGCCUGCCCGCCAAGGGCGCACCAGCGGGAGUGGCCGUGUAUGGCACUCCAGCAGUUGGGACGCCGGUGAGCCUUCCUCCGCCACCACACAUGGCCUAUGGCAUGGGGACGCCCGUCCCGAUGGUGCCUGGCGCCCCGAUGGCGUACCGGGCCUCGGUCCACAGGUGAUGGCUCUCAUCAACCACAUGGUGAUGAAAUCAUAUGGAUUGAUUAUUGAUUUAUUUCCACUUGAGAAAUGAUUUUUAUUUUGUAUUUUUGCUUUAUAAAUGUUGUUUUAGAGUACCAUUUUCAUAUUUUUAUUUAUUUUCUUAUUGAUCUGGAAUAGUUGAUUGGGAGAAAGAAUAUUGUAUAGGUGAGAUUAGGAUUGGAAAAUAUUAAUAUGACUAUAUUGAGACUUUAGAAAGAGACUUAUUUUCAAUGGUGGAAAUUGUAAAUUCAUCUUCA